AAACCAGAACAGGGAUGGGGGAACUGAAAACCAGAGACCGGUAGCCGCGCGGUAUGUGUAGAUCUCAGAGGUGUCUCAAGCACUUUGCAGUUUGAACUACAAAAGGAGAGAGGAGAGUUUGGCCACUCAUCUCUUCAGAUCUUUUGUGUCGGGGGAAAAAAGCAGAAGGAGAAGCACAACCAUCAUCACUGAGCUGCUGCAGGAGGUGGAGAAGGAAGGAGAAAAGCAGGAAAAUCGCAAUACUGUAUUGCUUCUUUAGAACCAGAGAGACCGAUGGCGGAGUUUGGCAGCAGAGGGGGAGGCACUAGUGGUGGGAGGAUAACCUCCUCCCCAAAUUUGGCACAUGGAAAGGUGGCUUUCAAAGCAGGUGAUGGGGAAGGAGGAGGUGGUGGUGGUGUUGCAAGAAUCCACUUGGACAGUGCUCGCAAUGGGGUCUCCAAUGGAGACUGUGCUCUGGUGGGAAACAGAGAACACCUAGAAUCUCCCCAACCUGGCAGCCCUGCCAUAGAGAGAGGAUGUUCCACCCUGCAUCCAGAAGGCAAGUCCGGUAUUCCCAGGAAAACCAGCAUCAUCAAGGAUGGUACAAAACAAAAAAGGGAACGGAAGAAGACAGUCUCGUUUAGCAGCAUGCCCACUGAGAAAAAGAUAAGUAGUGCAAGUGACUGUAUUAAUGCUAUGGUUGAAGGCUCGGAACUCAGAAAAGUUCGAUCCAACUCUAGGAUAUACCAACGGUAUUUUCUUUUAGAUGCAGAUAUGCAGUCGCUACGAUGGGAACCUUCAAAGAAAGAUUCUGAAAAAGCAAAGAUUGACAUCAAAUCAGUCAAAGAAGUGAGAAUAGGGAAAAAUACAGACAUUUUUCGUAGCAAUGGAAUUUCUGACCAAAUUUCAGAAGACUCUGCAUUUUCGAUUAUUUAUGGAGACAAUUAUGAAUCUUUAGAUCUUGUUGCAAACUCUGCAGAUGUUGCAAAUAUUUGGGUUACUGGCCUAAGAUACUUGAUAUCUUAUGGAAAACAUACAUUGGAUAUGCUAGAAAGUAGACAAGAUAAAAUGCGGACCUCAUGGGUUUCCCAGAUGUUUAGUGAAACAGAUAUAGAUCAUUUGGGGCGAAUAUCCUUAUGCAGAGCUGUACAGUUUAUAAAAAAUUUAAAUCCUGGUUUAAAAACAAAUAAAAUUGAAUUAAAAUUCAAAGAGCUGCAGCGAUCAAAAGACAGACCUGAUACAGAAAUCACAAAGAAAGAAUUUAUUGAAGUUUUCCAUGAGCUUUGUACUCGUCCUGAGAUCUAUUUCUUACUAGUUCAGUUUUCUAGCAAUAAAGAAUUCCUUGACACCAAGGAUCUUAUGAUGUUUUUGGAAGCAGAACAGGGUAUGGCUCAUGUCACUGAAGAGAUCAGUCUUGGUAUUAUUCACAAAUAUGAACCAUCUAAAGAGGGACAAGAAAGAGGCUGGCUUUCCAUAGAUGGUUUUACAAAUUAUCUUACUUCCCCAGAAUGUCAUAUAUUUGAUCCAGAACAUAAAAAGGUGUGCCAGGACAUGAACCAGCCUUUAUCUCAUUAUUUCAUAAACUCUUCUCAUAACACAUACUUGAUAGAGGACCAGUUUCGAGGCCCAUCUGAUAUCACAGGUUACAUUCGUGCUUUAAAAAUGGGAUGCCGCAGUGUUGAGUUGGAUGUAUGGGAUGGUCCUGACAAUGAGCCUGUAAUUUAUACAGGGCACACAAUGACUUCACAGAUAGUCUUCCGCAGUGUAAUUGACAUAAUUAAUAAAUAUGCAUUUUUUGCCUCGGAAUAUCCUCUUAUUUUGUGCUUGGAAAAUCAUUGUUCUCUCAAGCAACAGAAUGUGAUGGUCCAGCAUAUGAAGAAAAUACUUGGGGAUAAACUAUAUAUGAAACUUCCAAAUAUAGAGGAAUCUUAUCUGCCAUCUCCUGAAUAUCUUAAAGGAAAAAUAUUAAUUAAAGCCAAGAAGUUACCUUCUAACUGCUCUGGGCUAGAAGGAGAUGUUACAGAUGAAGAUGAAGGAGCAGAAAUGUCACAGAGAAUGGGAAAGGAGGGAGGAGAACCACAGAAUGUUGUCCCAGUGAAACGGUUUCAACUUUGUAAAGAACUAUCAGAACUGGUAAGCAUAUGUAAAUCGGUUCAGUUCAAAGAUUUUCAGGUUUCAUUUCAGCUUCAGAAAUACUGGGAAGUUUGCUCCUUUAAUGAAGUGCUUGCUACUAAAUAUGCCAAUGAAAAUCCUGGAGACUUUGUGAAUUAUAACAAACGCUUUCUUGCAAGGGUUUUUCCUAGCCCUAUGAGGAUUGAUUCUAGUAAUAUGAACCCACAGGAUUUCUGGAAAUGCGGCUGUCAAAUUGUGGCAAUGAACUUUCAGACACCUGGGUUAAUGAUGGACCUCAAUAUUGGCUGGUUUCGACAAAAUGGGAAUUGUGGCUAUGUGCUGCGGCCUGCUAUCAUGCGGGAGGAAGUAUCUUUCUUUAGUGCAAAUACAAAGGACACAGUGCCUGGUGUUUCACCUCAGCUUCUUCACGUUAAGAUUAUUAGUGGACAGAAUUUUCCAAAGCCAAAAGGUUCAGGUGCCAAAGGUGAUGUAGUAGAUCCUUAUGUCUAUGUAGAAAUCCAUGGGAUUCCAGCAGACUGUGCAGAACAAAGGACAAAAACUAUCCACCAAAAUGGAGACAAUCCUAUUUUUGAUGAGAGUUUUGAAUUUCAAAUUAACCUACCUGAACUUGCUAUGGUACGCUUUGUUGUGUUAGAUGAUGAUUACAUUGGGGAUGAAUUUAUUGGGCAGUACACAAUUCCCUUUGAAUGUUUACAACCAGGUUAUCGGCAUGUUCCACUUCAGUCUUUAACAGGAGAAGCUCUAGCACAUGCUUUCUUGUUUGUCCAUGUUGCUAUUACUAAUCGAAGAGGUGGAGGGAAGCCUCAUAAACGGGGUCUUUCUGUCAGAAAAAGCAAGAAAUCCAGAGAAUAUGCCUGUAUGAGGACUUUGUGGAUUAAAAGUAUUGAUGAAGUAUUCAAGAAUGCUCUUCAGCCCAUACGAGAUGCCACAGAUUUGAGAGAAAACAUGCAGAAUGCAGUAGUUUCAUUCAAAGAGCUGUGUGGCCUUGCUCCUGUAGCAAAUCUCAUGCAAUGUAUUCUGGCAGUGUCUAGCCUCUUAGUGAAACCUGAUAAUACACCCUUGGUGGUAGUAAAUCUCAGUGAUCAGUAUCCCACAAUGGAAUUGCAAGGGAUUGUUCCAGAGGUUCUAAAAAAAAUUAUCAUAGCGUAUGAAACGGUGAGUAAUCUUUCAUGUUUUCCUCAAUUUAAAACCCUUAUGUUUAUAUAUAAGUCUACUCUUCUGCAACUCUCUUCUUCCUCUCCCCCUGCCCCCCCACCCCAAUCUGCUGCUUGGAAAAUUAGUACAAUGACAAUAAAGAUUACUUUGACUUUGACUUUGACUUUGGAGGGUAACAUUGUUUCUGGAGAUUAA